AUGGAAGAACUGCCAAAAGAUGAAUUUUGGAAAAUUGCAGCAGAACAAUUAGAAAGCUAUUUAUCCCCUAAAAAACUUAGAUUGGAAGAGAACACAUCUCCAGAUAAAAGACUUCUCUCUCUUGCUGUAUUAACUCCUCCCCCGAACCGCCUUAACUUAAAAACCUCCAUAAUGGGAAGAACCUAUCGAGUUUAUGACCCAUUAUUUUCAAAAACCACUGAUAGAACUAGCCGAUACUCUGAAUUUUUAUAGGCCUCUAGACCUUUUUCAUAGUUCUACUUUAUUUAAAAUCCUUUUUUAAUAAAAAUAAUAGUCUAUUUAUGCUAAAAUAAUAUUUCCUCAAUAAUUUAAUAGUAAAAAGCCUAGUUUCUUAUAUCAAAACUUGACCAAGAAAAUCCUCUUACUUCCUCGUAGCGAACACGCUAGAUUCGGAGGGGGGUUAAUUUUUUUUCUAUAUUUUAAAACUCCCGAUUUGCGAAAAAUUGGAAAGCAAAACUAAUAUAAUUUGGUGAAUUUGUUUCAAAAUGCAGGUUGUUCGUUGACGGAGGGUAGUUUUUUUUUUAUGAAAAUAGAGAUUUUCCAAUGAUUUUGCUCGCUCACAGAGGGGAGAGUUAAAAACUCUUCCCAAAAAGCAGUAAAAAAAGCAGAAGAUCCCAUCGAAGAUCUUAAACCUGAAGUUGUAUGGUAAUUUAAACGAUAGUUUCCCAAGAAAUUCCUUCAUAUUUCUGGACAAAAAGCAAGUCUAACUCUCCCUCCUCUUAAGCUUCUUAAACAAAGAGACCUUACACCGCCUAGGAAGAAAAUUGCUUUAUCAAUAAAAAUCCAAAAUUUAAUUACCCAAGUAACAGGAAAAUAUACAAAACUAUAUGAAAGAUUAUCAGACGACAGCGGAAUGAUCACAAAAGAAGGAAUCAUUGAUUAUUUAUCAAAAAUCAGCCCAAAAAAGCGCCAAACCCCUAUAAAUAUCAGAGGAAAUGCAGUUUCCCCUCCAGAAACACGAGGAAUUACCCCAUGGAGGACACAUGCAUCAAGGGUCCAGCACAUCCGGGUCCCUUGUGAAACCCCUGAAAAUUCCCCAGAAAUUAUAGACAAAGCCAAUAUUUUAUGGGUAGUUUUUACAUAGGACAUUUUUGACCCUUUUUUAACAGGCACUGUAAGCAAGCAGGCUUUUUUUGGGGUAAUGAUUGUGCAUGAAUAUACCAAUUUUGGAGUCUAUAGGUCUAGAAUUCCAUCAAAUAGGCUGGAUUUCCAAGACAUGAAGCAGAUAAAUCAGCUGAAAAACCAAGUAAAUCAGUUUAAAGAACUGUUUGGGCAAUAUUGCCAAGGGAAAAUAAUGGGGAGAGAAGGGUUUAAAGGGCUUUUAGACGCAAUUUGUAGUGAUGAAGAAGUCAAUGAGGUGAUGGAAAUGCUGGAAAUAAAGGAGAGAGUCAGUUUUGGGCAAUUUUUAGCGUCAAUUCCAUUUUUGUUGGAAAAUUAUGACAAGUUUUCCCUUAAAGUGGAUAAUAAUGUAAUAUCAUAA